CAUAUCAUUUUUAGCAUACAAAAGAAAUACAACACACCAACCUCCAAAAGAAAAAAUAUGGAGAAACUUUCACUCAAAUUGGUUUUCUUGACUGCACUCUUGAUAUUUUCACUUGGUUUACAUGCUACAACGGAAGCAGCAAGAUUAGGUGCGCCAUGCCGUAGAGACAUUGAAUGCGGUCUUCCAUGCACUUGCCAAAUUACAAGCUCAGGUCAAGGUAAGUGUGUUUGUGGCGAUUCUCAAGCUAAAUUAUUUGAAGAAACCUUGUCCAAGCAUCCAAAAGUGCAAAAAGAGGUGCCAUGAAAAGGAGGGAUUUAGAUGUAUUUUGAGGAGGAAACCAUGUAUGUGGAAAAUAAAAAUGUUGAUCAAUAACUAAUAAUCACUUUGGUUUCGAGAUUGUUCGCAUCCUUAAAAACAAUAAAAGUUCCAUCUUUCA